AUGCACAACAACCUCGGCCUGAUGAGACACGUAGACGGAAGUCUGCCUCCCAAACGGGACAUCCUGCACAACAGGCCUACGGCUUGGCUGCCAGACCGCCUGCAAUCCAGGGCAGGCCACCGCCUACAUCUUUCCAGGGACCGGGAUGGCGGUCCCCAUUGGGGCCACUCCAGUAUCACCAGGCAAUGCUCAUGCAGCCCAUGGGCGUGGGAAUGGGCCCUUCUCCACCUCUUAUCUUUCAAAAUGUUCAUGCGCACUUUGUUCCCAUCAUGCCGCCCGCAUUGCCUCCAUACACGAGGCCCCCUUGGCCACGCUCGACCUGACUUUUCAGUACCUCAGCCCCUGUGCGUGCCAAGUGAGUGCCGCCGCUCGUGCACUCUUGUGGCCCUUGGCCUGCUGUCUUACUCACCAUACAACGUGUGUGCCGCCACGAGAACAUUAUUUGUUUUGCUUCGUCGGGCUGCUGAUUGCGGGAAUGGUCGUGUCGGGACCCGCUGUUGGGUUCGGAUGCUGUUCUGCCAGUUAUUUCCAUUUCAAGCCAUGAUGCUGACACUCCUCUCAACUCCGUUUUUGACAGGAGCGAGCUCCUGGCUUCGACGUGUACCUACUCGCAGCAAAGUGUGUCUACACACUGUCAUUUUUGGGAAGUAG